CUUCCUCCUGCUCCUCCUCUCCUCUUCCUCCUGCUCCUCCUCUUCCUCUCCCCCUCCUCCUCCUCCUCUCCUCUCCUCCUCCUCGGCUGUGGUGCUCGGGAGGCUCCUGGUCCUAUUGAUUGAUUCUGAUCAGAGCCCAGGGCUCCAGGACCUCCAGGGCUCCAGGACCUCCAGGGCUCCAGGACCUCCAGGACCUCCAGGGCUCCAGGACCUCCAGGACCUCCAGGGCUCCAGGACCUCCAGGACCUCCAGGGCUCCAGGACCUCCAGGACCUCGGGGCUCCGUCAGAGAGUGAUGCAUGCUGGGGUCUGUCUCCCGUGAGACGAGCUGAUCGGCGGCGGCGGCCCGUCUCUCGCUCCUAUGCAGAGCCUCUGCAGGGUCAGGAUGCAGUUUCGGACUGUGCUGGACGUGAAAGUCGUGGACGUGGAGAAGAGGCGCAACCCGUCCAAACACUACGUAUAUCUCAUCAAUGUCACCUACUCGGACAACACCUCCCACAUCGUCUACAGAAGAUACAGCAAAUUCUUUGACCUACAGAUGCAGAUACUUGACAAGUUCCCAAUUGAGGGAGGGCAGAAAGACCCAAAGAAGAGGAUCAUCCCAUUUCUCCCAGGAAAAAUCCUGUUCCGGAGGAGUCAUGUGCGAGACGUGGCCAUGAAGCGGCUGCGAUUCAUCGACGACUACUGCAGGGCGCUGGUGCGACUGCCCCCUCAGAUCUCUCAGAGUGAGGAGGUGCUGCGCUUCUUUGAGACAAAGGCCGAGGACGUCAACCCCCCAGCAGAGGACUAUGGCUCCAAGCGCAAGUCGGGGAUGGACAGCUCGGAGCCGAUGGUGCUGGAGCAGUACGUGGCCGUGGCCAAUUACGAGAGGCAGGAGAACUCGGAGAUCAGCCUCAAGGCCGGGGAGACGGUGGACGUGAUCGAGAAGAGCGAAAGUGGUUGGUGGUUCGUCAGCACAGCAGAGGAGCAGGGCUGGGUGCCGGCCACGUACCUGGACUCCCAGAAUGUUACCAGAGAUGAUUUGGAUCUUGGCACUUCUAGGACUGGAGAAGUUACUAAGAGACGGAAGGCACAUCUGAAGAGGCUGGACCGCCGCUGGACCCUGGGGGGUAUAGUCAACCGCCAGCAGAGCAGAGAGGAGAAAUACUUGACCAUACAGCCACACACCAGCCAAGGGAAGGAUGAAGUGACUUUUGAGAAAGGGGUCACCGUGGAGGUCAUCCAGAAGAACUUGGAGGGCUGGUGGUACAUCAGAUACUUAGGGAAAGAGGGCUGGGCCCCGGCCUCCUACUUGAAAAAGGUGAAAGAAGACUUCUCCCCCCGCAAGAAGACCCUGACAGGCCCCGUGGAGAUCAUCGGCAACAUCAUGGAGAUCAGCAACCUGUUGCAAAAGAAGUCGGUCAGCGAGAAGGACAUCCAGACCGACGCAGAGGGGAGCACCACGCCGGAGCGCCACUUCUCCAAGAGCGAGAUCAGCCUGCCCAUGCCCUACAACUCUGAGAUCAACGCCGAGACCGGCAGGAGGCUGAGCGCGGGCCGUGACACCAACAGCCCGUGUCUGGGAAUAGCAGCGAGUAGUGCUGCCCUGAAUGAGAGUAAAGGGAGGGGCGAGCCAGGGUCCCCAGCUGUAGCCAGAGUGGCUCCGCACAGAGUGGAAAUUGGCUUUGAUGCUGUAGGGUCUCCAAAUCUGAGACAGAAACCUCCUCCACGAAGAGAAACCAACUUGGGAUUCCAGUUACCCAAGCCUCCAGAGCCCCCUGCUGUGGAAGCAGAGUAUUACACCAUAGCAGAUUUCCAGUCCUCCAUCUCUGAUGGCAUCAGUUUCCGUGGAGGACAAAAGGCUGAUGUGAUAGAGAAGAACCCUGGAGGCUGGUGGUAUGUGCAGAUUGGCGAGAUGGAGGGCUGGGCCCCCUGUUCCUACAUCGACAAGCGCAAGAAGCCCAAUCUCAGCCGUCGGACCAGCACCCUGACACGGCCCAAAGUCCCGCCCCCAGCUCCUCCUGUUAAAAAACAAGACUCUGAGGAGGCUCCUCCUCCAACUAACUCUGCCUCUAAAGCCUUAGAGCCGCCGAGCAGGCCUGUGUAUGAGGAACCUGAAUAUGAUGUUCCUGCAAUUGGUUGCGAAGGUGAAUCGGACGCAGAUUCUCUAAAGGAUGAGCGUGCCCUGGAUGUGAAGAUCAGCAGUGUGGCCAGCGACAAGUACCGCAGCUCCCCUCCUUCCUGUAAGGCCUCUCCUCCUUCCUGUAAGGCCUCUCCUCCUUCCUGUAAGGCCUCUCCUCCUUCCUGCAAGGCCUCUCCUCCUGUCUGCAAGGCCUCUCCUCCUUCCUGUAAGGCCUCUCCUCCUGUCUGCAAGGCGUCCCCUGUGUUCACUCAUCGCAAAGCUUCCUUCAGGUCUGCAGAGGAGGUUGCGAAAGAGGAGUGUAUCUAUGAGAACGACGGCUUCAGGCCAAGCAGUGGUGUUGAAAGAACUUUAGUCAAAGGCUCCAGUGAGCCAAAUUCUCCAAGGAGCUACCAUUCCUCCACAGUUCCACGCAAACCAUCCGGAUCCUCGCCUUUCGCUGGUAGACCCAUGAAAACCGUGACGCCAGAGAUGAACCGGAGAAGCCAGACCCUGGGCCGACACAUAGAUAUCAGGUUCAGGUCGCAGGACAACAGCCCCGGCUCUUCAUCAGAUGAAUUGAGCAGAGGCCCCAAGAAAGGCUCUGCCUUCAGCCGGGAUGUGGAGCAGAGAAUAGGUCAGAGCCCCUCCACCAGGCCCAAGCCUUCUGUCAGACCUAAACCACUACUGACCAAGUCAGAGCCCCAGAGUCCUGAGAGGAUGGACAUCGGCUCUUUGAGGCGGCAGCUGAGGCCCACAAGUCAGUUUCGGCCUCAUGGCCUCAAACCUACUCGUGGGGACGACUCUGAGACAGCCUCUGUCAUCUCAUCAGAGGACUCGAUGUGUUCACGCAGUACCUCAGAUCUCUCUUCUGUCUACUCCAAAGGGAGCCGUGGUGACUCAGACGUGGAAGGUCCCAAUCUCUACCGUUCCCUGGAUGUCUACAAGAAGGUCCAGGACUCUGAGAUCAGCUUUCCAGCAGGGGUGGAGGUUGAGGUUCUGGAGAAGCAGGAGAGCGGUUGGUGGUACAUUCGUUGGGGAUCCGAGGAGGGCUGGGCUCCCUCGUACUACCUGGAACCUGUCAGACAAGUGGUUGAUGUAGCUGGGUUGGACCUAAAUAGACAUGGGAGUGGUGGGAGUAAGUCCAACAGCCUGGAGAAAAACGAGCAGCACGUUUUGGCCCUCAACAACAUCAAUAUUCAGGGUCUGAGCCAGCCGCAUCAAGGCCUGAGAAGAGAUUCUCCGCCAAUUCCGUCUAAGCCUCCUGGUGGCUUCUCAAAGCCGUCCGGGAUAGUUAAUGGAGGUGUUCGGAUGAGGAACGGGGUACGCCAGGUGGCAGUGAGGCCUCAGUCUGUGUUUGUGACCACAACACAGCCAGCCAAGGAUGCCCACUACAUGACCGGGUCUCUGAGGCGGAAUGACUCCCUUGGCAGAAGCGAUCACUAUGGCUCCGGUUCUGCCACCCUCGGUGUCCGCCGGAAUGCCUCCUUCAGCACCGUGCGUCCACACGUGGUUGUUGAAAGUCAGACGAGGCCCGCCGAGCGCUCCGGCCUGGGGUCCUCUGGGAGCGCAUUCAGCACAAGCAAUGUCCAGGACGCCCUUAGCAGAGUUAACCAACGCAACGGCAUCCCUGUGUCAACGGUUCGACCCAAGCCCAUAGAGAAGAGCCAACUGAUCCACAAUAACCUUGGCAGGGAUGUGUACGUGUCCAUCGCUGACUAUCGUGGCGAUGAGGAAACAAUGGGUUUCACUGAGGGCACCUGUCUGGAGGUAUUGGAAAGAAACCCCAAUGGAUGGUGGUACUGCCAGGUGCAGGACAGCCUGCUACCCCGCAAGGGCUGGGUUCCCUCCAACUACCUGGAGCGGAAGAAAUAAACCCCACCCACAUCCUUCCCCUGCCCCUCCCCCUUUUGAUGUCUUCAAGGACGUUGGUGGCAUCACUCCUUAAGAAUGUUACCCGCACUCUCAUGUAAGCAAUAUGUCCUUGAAAAUGUACAUUGACGACUGUGUGUAAAAAGAAAGAUAUUUUCAUCUGAUUAGGAAGGACACUUUUAGUGCUGGUUUACUAAAAUGUAUACAAGGACGAGUGUAAAGGUUUGAAGUCAUUUGGCCGGCAACAAGAGACAGGAAUGUGGGAUUGGUCAUCUGUGUGUGAGGGAACUUGAAGAGGAUGGUUUCUUUGAGAUGGACCAGUGUAUGAAUGGGAGUGAUAGCCUCUUAAAGAGGCUGGAAACAUGUAAUCCAGAAGUUGAGCAGCAAAAUGGUUAUGCUCAUUCCUGCCCAUCACUGACGCUGAUGGCCGAUAAGUGCCUUUUGUAUUUGAUGACCUGAAUGGAGGUCUUAAUGGUGGAUGGCAAAACGUUCAAUCAACCAAAUCUUUUCGAGUGCCAUAGGCCUAUGAAUACCACCAGGAGUAUUUCAAUAGCCAAUCAAGAGCUCCACUUUUGAGUGCCCAGAGUGCAACGUUUCGAUCCAGAGGGCUGUAAUUGGUCCAACACAGAUUUAAGAAUAAAAAACAGAGAUUUAAGUUAGAAUUUAUUCCUUUUAGGCUGAAAAUCAUCAAGCAAACUAAAACAUCAUUUUAAUUUCAUUAUCUGUAUUUUUUAUUUCGUUUCAUUGUUCAUGUUAUAAUGUAUUGUGUUAAUGCAAUUCUUAGAGAAUUAUUUCUGCUUUCUUGUGACAUCUGUUUUCCACCCGGAGCCUAGAAUUGGAAAAGUUAAAGCUCCUGCCUCAUGUCGAGUACCAUUUGACACUGGCAAAGACACAGGAGGUUCUCAGCUUUCAUAAAUUGGCAUUGCUUUGUCUUAGAUCCCACAGCCCAAGAAUUGUUUGGGGAUAUUCAUGCUUUCAAUCCCAGAUAUAACUAUCUGGAAUAAGAAAUGUAUAUUUAAAAAAAAAUAACAGUCAGAUCUUUUAGUUUUCUGGAAAAACAAAGAACAACUUGUAAGUUUAUCCCAAAAACAAAAACUCCUCAUAUCGGGUUAAUCUUGGCUAAUAAGAAAAUAAAAAAGACAAAGCUUUGGUUUACUUCAGUGAUUUUAGUUCCAGCAACAUUUCAUUUUGUAUGUAUUUUGUUUUAUCGCUGUUACAGAGAUUGGGUGAAAUAAUUGAAUUCCAGGGACAUAUUUGAUUCGAAUUUAUCCCAAAAUGUGAUCAAACCAAAGAGGAAAUGUUCUUUCAUUGGCUGUUUUAUUUAAUACUUCUCCGCAAAUGCAGAACUGAAAUAUGAGAAUUUGACAUUCUGAGCUAAAAUGUAACUUUCAAAAUUCAAAUGGCUAAUGUUCAAGACUGCUGAAAUCCAUUUUCUAAUGAGCGGUGUGAGCUCUCUGUGUGAGGCUGAACACUAACGUUUCAUCUUGUUUCUGCUGGACAGUAUCACAGUAUUAAACAAAGUACAGUACCUGCUAGAUCGCAGUUAUCUAUUUUAGCAAAACCAUAUUUUUGUUUGUCAAUGUGUUACUCUGUGAUCACACAGUGACAAUAAUGAGGAACGAAGUGGUUCUGUUUUGUGGUUUAGUGCACCUUAAACCUGAUUUAUGGUGCAUUAAUGUAAAGAUGCAGUAAAUACUCAGCAUUUUAUUUAUUGAAUACAUUUUUGUAAUUAUUUAAUCUCUCUAUUCUUUUUUUCCAUUAUCUCAAAUGAGAGGUGGAGCUCUGUCCAUGACAGUGACCACACCAAAGUUUGACUAGAACUGGAGAAGUAGUGACCUCUAGUGGGAGCUCAGAGGUCCUACAACAGGAUGUUAUCCCCUCCUCAAGGCCUACCAGCCGUCCUGCCUCAGUGUAAGAAUCAAACGCACUGCUGGUCAGUGACCAAAAACUGUACAGAAUGUAUUCUAUUUUAUUUUUUUUGAAUCUCAGAGCAGCUAAAAUAUUUUUUGUAUUGGGCAAUAAUUAUUAUAGGUUUUAUUUUAUAAAAAAGGGUUUCUAUUUUUUCCUCCAUGCUGUGUUCUGCAACUUUAGCAAAUCAAGGGCACUUCCUUCAUCUUUAUUGUGCUUUACAUAAUGCCUGAUUUUAUUUAUUAUCAAUACUUUUAUAUUAUAUCAAGGUUUGACAACUACCUUUUUCCCCCCACUCAAAAUAUGAAUGUAAAGAAAUUACACAGAUUUUCAUUGUUACACAUAUUGGCACCUUGGCAUGCAAAACCUGUCAGUCAACAAAAACAUCGAAAAUAUCAUAAUUUAGUCGAUUGUGUGAGAUUUUUGCACUCAUUGUAGUAUAUGGAAAAUCUAAAUCUAUCCACAGAAGGAUGAAUACUAAGAUUAAGAAUGGAACGUGGCCCAUCCAGACGAAGGCAUUAUGUAAAUGUGUUCAAUCACUUUGUACAUUUCGCCUCAGCACAUAUUAUUAUUAUUGCAUAUGCUUCUUUUGGUUGAUCUGAAUUUACUGAAAUAGUAAGGGAAUGUUCUGUGAGAGGCUUACAUUUAGCUGUGUAGCAUCUAUCUUUACUCAUGCUUUCAACUUUCUAUUCUUGAAUGUUCUUUUUUUGCCCCCUAAAUUCUGAAAUGUAACCGUGAGGAAAUGUGCAAUAGAUCAGAAACACAUCAUGCUACAGGAGGAAUAAUGUCACAGGAGUAGAUGUUCCCAGUCAAACUGCCAGUCGUGAACUUUCACCAUCAUUUCAGUGAAUCAUGUUGGGUGGAUCUGAAAGGGCAGAUGUGAAGGCCCUGAGGGCAUCGAGGACUUUUGGACCAAAGCAGUGUGUGACGUCUCUUUGUCUCCUGACGGGACAGACUUUUUCUCUGCGCUCCUCCGGCCCCGAUCAGCGGUGGACAUGUGACUAGUGAACGGCAUGGCACUGACAUUACAGCCAUCAGGGGUCUUCUUCACAGACGGAGAGUCAAGGGCCCAUCAUCAGGGGCCUCAGUGGCCCUGCUCUGAGCUGUCACGUUCGUGCCUGAAUGGACUUUUGAUAGAUCCUGUUUUUGUGUUCUUGUUGUUUUCUUCAGUUUUCUUUGCUCUCUGGAGUGUGUCCUCUCUGCACCUACAGAUGCCUCUUGACAUUUGCCCACCUCUGCCCAACCGAGUCAGACGUUCUCCUCAGCCAUCAGCGCGGCGAAAGGUGACAUUUGGAACCGAGGACGGGAAAGUAAACAAGAGAGCGGGAGAUGGACGCCCCUUCAGGCCAUUUCAGCUCAAUCCAUCAGCUUCCAGGAUGUACGCCAAAAAAUAGAAAAACCUUUAGUUUUCUCUUUGCCUUAUCCAUGUGUGACCGGUGAACAUGUCCAUGUGCUAACGACUUCCUGUUUGUACAGGCCAAUGAGGCUUGAGUCCAUAAAUCCUUUGUCUGGAGAGUUUGUAGUUAAAGUCCGGCUAAAGUGUGAACAGACUGAAGUAUAUAGAAGUGGAUUGGGGUUCGGAGGCUGAAAUCAUGGCCGCACAUAGUACAGAGUCUGAAUGUUCACAUGUAUCAGCCCAGGGCCUUCAGAGGACACACCCCCAGCCUUUCAUAGAUCACAAUACUGCUUCUUUCAUCACAAUUCUUUUUUUUUUUAUCAUUCAAUUAACCGGACUUUAAACUUAAAGGAAUAGUCGGAGAAAUGCCUUGAUUUGUUCUCUCUCUGAGAGUUGGAUGAGAAGAUCGAUGACAGUGUUUGUCUGUUGUCACUCCCUGUGACCUUUGACCUUCACUGAGCAGAAUGCUCCUUUGACAUGCUCUGCACAGAACCAGGCUAGCUGUUUGGCUCUGUUUGUGAAGCUAAGCUAACUCUCUCCUGGCUCUAGAGAUAUGAGACAUUAGAGUGCCAUCAAUCUUCUCAUCUAUCUCUCUGCAUGAAAGUGAAGAAGUGUAUUUCACAAAAAUGUCAAACUGUUCCUUCAGGUGACAGUCUGCAUCUUCGGCUGCGGCGCUCUGGAAGCUGUGGCGUCCACCGACAGACUAGGAGUGGAUUGGUGGUGCGAACAUAUUUUGCAUUCAUCAGGAGUCAUUCGGGCCAGAGGAAGCAUAUGAGUUUCUCGACAUGUUCUCGGAGGCCAGCAGGGCGAGACAGCUCCGCUUCGCCCACACCCUGAGUCAUCCCUCGCUCUCUUUUUAUUUCAGCAGAAGGGCGUCAGCUCUCAGGCGUGAAGCACCUUAAACCCUGUAAUCCCAAACCCCUCUCUCUUCCUUCUCUCUCCUUCCUCGACACAGAUGAGCAGUCUAUUCCCACUGAAAAGAUUGAGAUCUCUAGGACGGGUCGUGUGUGUGUGUGUGUGUGUGUGUGUGUGUGUGUGUGUGUGUGUGUUAGCAUGAGGAGAUGGAUUAGUUGCAGGAGAACUCAGGAGAAGAGAAUUUGGAGGUCAAGGUGGAGAUUUGGGAGAGCAGGAUGCAGGGAGACACAAGAUGGAUCAGGUAGUGGAUUCUAGGAGACAAGGUGAGAGUGAGGUGAGAGGAGCUGGCUUUGAUAGGAGGAGAGGCGGGGGGGGGGGGCUUCCAACAGGUUCCCCAUUUUAUCCAAGCACUUCAACAAACCUCAAACCUAAUGAGCUCUCCGCUUCCCAACCUGAGCCGGAUCUCAUUACUCCAAACAAGGAUUUAAUUGAUGCUUCUGGAAGCCGGUGAGAGACGAGUGAGUUCACACUACAGCCGCUUCUCUCCGUCGCAGUGUCAGUCCUUCUAUGGAAUAACUUUUAAAACUGAUCCAAAGUCUGCUACUGUCAGUGUCUUCAGAUCUUCUGCAGCCCUGAGGCUGAGUGCUUCAGCAUGCUGUUAUAAGGUUGUUUUUGGGGGAAUAAGACAGAAAUGGCUUCACAUGUUGGAUUCAAUGUCUCCUUUUUAGUUUUAUUCCUCAGUGUUUUUUGUUGCUGAGAAAUGUUGUAAAAGUGAAAGAGGAUUUGAAGCGUUUGCUCACAUCUAAUGAAACAAGCUUUUAUUCAUGAUAGAAAGAAAUCCAAAAGUAGAGUUUAUGAAGGCUGUUGUUGGUAGGUUUGAUGAAAACGUUUCCGUACGUGUGUGGGAGCAGGGUGGAGGUAUUUAGGGAGAUGAACUUGUAGGUUUUUUAAUUAAUAGGAAGUUUUUGUUCGAGUGUGAGUGAAGAAAGAAAGGAGUAAGCGGCGCUGCAGGCCCAAGCCUGGCUGUGAAUAAGAGAGCGCUGAUAAUUUAUGUCAUUCUGAAAACUUCUUCUCAGAGUCCCAGUUGUUUGAGGCGCCAGCGGAUCAGCGGGAGAAAACAGGCUGUGUCGAGGAACGAGGAACGCAGCUGUGUCUCUGUGGCACCUUUCUUUGUCUCUGUUUCAAUCCCCGUUUCUAAUUAGCUCAGCAGUGUGUCUUAAUUAACCUUUGCCAGUCAGACGACACUCCAGCGCUAACAGCGUCCUAAUGAAGAACACUGCAGCUGCUGCGUUCGGCAUGGGGGCCUCUGGGGCCGCCGUUCUGCCUUGGCGACGAGCUGUCCACAGUGAAGGAUGUCCAGGUACAGCUGAGGUAGAUUUAUGAGAAGGUGCAACCUGUUUGAGCCCGGAUGUUGCAUUUAUAGAACAGAGUUUGUCAGCGCCCUGCAGUGGAGAGCAGUGUGCCAAAAACAAAGAAUCUCUGGAAACCCAACGCCGUCAUGCUCUUGAUCUCAAACUGUCGUUAGCAGCAUGUCGACCACUCAAAGUCACACAAUAACAGGUAGAGGCCUGGAGUCGGACCAAAGGAGGUGCUCUCUGUUCUUUUCUUCCUUUUAUUUCCAUUGUUGUUAUGCACAUUGUGUUUAACUCUCUCUUCAAGCUCCCUGUUUUCAAAAGAUAUGCCAAGAUUAGAGUGAGCAGCUUCAUCAUCCAAUGAGGAGUCAUCCAUGGUGACAGGGACACACACCUGUCUGUCCAAAGCACCAUCAUAGUGCUCACUGGUGCACUAGGACACCCUGCAUAGGAGCAUUCCUUUUGAAAACAGGGCCUUUUCUUAUCUACUGUUUCAUUUUGUAUCUUGUACAUGUUUACAUUGUAUCUCGCAUUUCCCAAAAGAGAAACAAUAUUAAAUGUAUUA